UGCUGUCGUUGUUGGAGAAGCUUUACGCCGGUGGUAGGAGCAAUACCAUCUCCUAAUGUUUUCUCUGUAUUAUUUAAUAAUUGAAGUACAUCUUAGUUUGUCUGUUUGUUGACUGUACUGACGUUUUUUUUCGACACACUUCUCCACUUCCGUGUUUGAAGUAUGUGUCAUAAUUUUAUCAGUGUCCUGGUCGCAAUUCUCCUUGUAGUUUUAACCAAUAGCAGCGGAGUCACGUACACAGCCCAGUCUGUGCUUGGAUAAACUUUGCUCUCCUUACUCUGAAUUUCACAAUAACAUUGUGUAGACACCACUGGAGCCGGACUGUUCUCUGCUGCAGAGGGAACCUAACCGUCACAGGGAUGUCAUGGAUGAAGACGACAGUGUCCUCUCUGAUUACACUCUAUGUGUCAGUGCCUGUGCUGCUCUUCGUGUUCCCAUGGAUCGUGGAACAUAUCAUAUUUGCUCACCUAUUGACUUUUCCAUUCUUUGUGGACCUCAGCAGACCUGAAGACCUUCUCAACAACACAUACAACUUCUACCUGAGCACAGAGGAGGACAUCUCAGUGGGAGUCUGGCACACUCUCCCUGCCAGCCAAUGGGAGCAGGCUGUGGGGAAAAGCCCUGAGUGGUACCAGAGGACGCUGGGGGAUGGCUCUCCUGUUAUUAUCUACCUCCAUGGAAACGGAGGAAACAGGGCCAUGAAACACAGAGUGGAGCUGAUGAAGAUCAUGAGUGCAGCAGACUACCAUGUCCUUUCUUUAGACUACAGAGGUUUUGGAGACUCCACUGGUGAACCAAGCGAGGCUGGACUGACUACUGACGCCCUCUACCUGUACCAGUGGGUGAAGCAGCAAAGCAGAGACAGUUUUGUCUGUCUGUGGGGACACUCACUUGGCUCAGGUGUGGCUACAAAUGUUGCUGUAAAACUACAAGAACAAGGAUCUGCCCCUGACGCAGUAAUACUGCAAGGUGCUUUCACAAAUAUGGAAGAAACCAUUUUCAACCAUCCUAUCACCAAGUUGUACCUGUUCCUCCCAGGAUUUGAGAGCCUGAUGUGGAACAUCCUGGGGAGGAACAACGUAGUGUUUGCUAAUGAUGAAAAUGUGAAGACCUUGACCAGUCCAUUUCUUAUACUGCACGCAGAGGACGACAACAUUAUUCCUUAUCACAUGGGUCUACAGUUGUACAAGACUUUACUCCAGACUCAGGAAAAACACAGCACAGAGGCUCCGGUUGAAAUGAUCUCCUACAGAGCUGAACUUGGAUUCUCACACAACAGGAUUUACUUGGAUCCUAACCUCUCCAAUGUGGUCAAAGGUUUUCUUCGUAAGCUGAGGCUGCACCAUUGAGAAGAAUUUUUACUUAAUAAAUGUGUUUAAAUCUCAAAAUAAAAAAACAUUUAAUGGUGUAAAA